CUCUCUCUCUCAGCACUUUCCCAAAACCCCGCACGCCAUCUCCCUCUCUCUCUCUCUCUCUCUCUCUCUAGCUUCCUCUUCUGACCAUCUUCUAGAGAGAGAAAGGGUAGAGGAGCCUCCUCCAUUUCCAAUUUCCCCCCAAAUUCUCACAAUCUCCUGCUGGGAAUCUCCUUCUUCUCUCCCCAUUUCGUGACCUAGAGCCGCGGAUCUCCUUUUAAUUGCUGCGGAGGAGCUCGAUCGAUGGCGAUGGCGAUGGCGUCCGAGGGCUGUGCGGUUGCGCGUCCGUGCUGACGGUAGAUGGAUUUCAUUGGCAGAACCGUGAAGAAGGCGUUCCGGGGUUUCGGUACUUUCUCUGGGACGGUCAAAUCGUACGACGCGUCCUCCAGGUUCUUCAAGGUCGUCUACGAGGACGGUGAUUCCGAGGAGCUGGAGCUUUCUGAGCUGGUCUCGCUCUUCCAGGAGCCGCAGAGGAGGAAGCGGAUGGCCCGCGCGAGGUCAGGUAAUGUGUGCGGUGACUCGGCGGAUGGUUUUAGUUUGAGGGGUGCUGAUUCCGAUGAAUAUUCAGGCGAGGGAGGCGGGGAUGCGGGGUUUAAGGGGGAUUUGAGGGGAGGUAUUAAUCUGAAUGUAGCGGUCGAGGAGGCUGUGGAGUUGAAUUUAAGGGAUGCUGCUGUUUGCAAUGGGCACGUCCGGGGAGGGUUUGAUUUGAACUCUGGUUUGGAUUUGAAUGAGGGGUUUACCUUGAACGAUGGGGUUCAUUUGAGCCCUGAAGCUGGGGGGAAUUCCGGGAAGCAUAGUGGGAUUGAUCUGAAUUUGGAUGCAACCAGCGAUUUGGAUGACAAUUCAAGGCAGGAUGAUGUUUCGGAAAGGAAAGAAUGUCUCUUUGAUUUGAACUUAGGAAUCGAUAGUGAGAUGGAGGAUGCUGAGAUUGGUGCUGGUGGACAGUUAGGGCAAGCCACUUCGCUUCUGUCUGUUGAUGAUAACAAUGAAGAGGUUGCUGUAGACGUGGAGGUGAAAUUCAUGGAUGGUUAUAUUGCUGAGAGAACUUUGAAUGAGGUUAAGUCGGAGGUAGGUGACCUAACUAGAGUACGAAAAAUUACCAGUUCUGGUGAUCUCGCAUGUGAAGAUUCAAAUUUGGUUCCGGUUGAGGUUCUUUGUGGAGAUAUAAUGGAUAAUGGCCCAACCAGAGUUUUGGAUGCCAUUGAUGAUCAGAUGCAUUCUUUGCCUCACAGUGAUGGUGUCCGAGAGCCUAGUGAUGCCCCAAAGAAUGUGAAUCAGAGUGAUUUGGGAAGCGCAUAUAGACGAACAAGUGGCCGGAGAAGGAAAAGAAAAGAGAUGGAUAGGACUCCUGAGACGGUACUGAGAAGAAGCGCUCGGAGAGUAUCUUCCAAGAAUCAAGACGUUCACACUGUCAAAUCAGCAGCAUUCAGUGAUCGGACCUCUUGUAAAUCAGCCGCAGUCAGUGAUCGGGCCUCUUUAAAAUCAUCAGCAGUCAGUGAUCGGGCCUCUUCUCCUGCCGUGAGUGUGAUAACAGAAGAGAAACCGGAAGAUAUUAGUGCUACGCCGCCAAAAUUGGAUUUACCUCCUUCUUCCAGAACCCUUGAUUUAGAUGGGAUUUCCAUUUUUGAUGUUUUUUCUGUUUAUUCUUGUCUGAGAUCAUUUAGUACACUGCUAUUUUUGAGUCCCUUUGAUUUGGAGGAUUUCAUUUCUGCCAUAAGGUCAGAGAGUCCAAAUACAUUAUUUGAUUGCAUUCAUGUAUCCCUUCUGCAAACCUUGAGGAAGCAUUUGGAGCAUCUCUCCAGUGAAGGUUCUGCAUCAGCUUUGCAUUGCUUGAGGAGCCUGAAUUGGGAUUUGCUUGACUUGAUAACGUGGCCCCAAUUUUUGGUUGAGUAUCUAUUAUUGCAUGGUUCUGGGAUGAAACUCUCUGAACUCAGUUCAUUGAAAUUAUUGGCGAGUGAUUACUGUAAACAAUCUGCCUCUGUGAAACUCGACAUACUUAACUGUUUGUGCGAUGAAGUGAUUGAAGCGGAAGUCAUAAGGUCAGAGCUCAGUGCUAGAACUUUGGGUGCUGAACCUGACAUGGAAUUUGACCGGAGUGUGAGUGUAAAACCUACCAGGAAAAGGAGAGCUGCGGUGGGCAAUUCUGGUAGAGCUUAUUAUCCUGACGAGCUCACUGAUGAUACUGCUGAUUGGAACAGUGAUGAGUGCUGCCUUUGUAAGAUGGAUGGUAGUUUAAUAUGCUGUGACGGUUGCCCUGCUGCAUACCAUUCAAGGUGUGUUGCAAUUGUUAGUGAUCUUCUGCCAGAAGGUGACUGGUACUGCCCUGAGUGUGUUAUUGAGAGAAGUAAGUCUCAGAUGAAACAACGUAGACCAGUUCGCGGGGCAGAGUUAUUGGGGUCGGAUCCUUACAACCGGCUAUACUUUAGCUGUUGUGGCUAUCUCUUAGUGUCAGAUUCAUGUGAGGCUGAGGUGUCUUACAAAUUUUACCACAAAAAUGAGCUCACUUCAGUAAUUGAAGUGUUGAAGUCAUCAGAACAUUAUUCCGAUCUCUUGAAGGCCAUCUACAAGCAAUGGGAUGUUUCUGGUGGCCUGGGUGGAGCUAUAAGUGAUGUGGAUUCCGUGAAGUGUAUUGCUCAGAAGAAGAUACUCUCUAAGAGAGACCGUCCUGCCUCUUCCCCAGUGGCUGUGCCUAAUCCAUUAGCAUGCGGAGAUAUAUGUGAUGCUGAGGAUGAGAAGACAUUAGAGAAAGAUUCUGUUGUUGGAGUUCCAACUGGUUUGGAUGCUGGCAGAUUUGCGAGAGAUCCAGCAAGUGGGAUGGAGACUUUGUAUGUAAGAUCGGAAGGCUCUGCUGUAAUUACAGCGACUUCAGGAUCACAAAUGAGGGACGGGGAUCUGGCACCUAUUCCAUCUGCAGUCAAACAAGAUAACAUAUCACCUAUAGCUCCCAGUGAUGCUUCUCUGACAUUGGAAACUGUGAGAGAGGAUGAAUCAGAGGAUCAGCGUGGAACUGGUUAUAUGAACUACUACGGUUUUGGGAGAGUGGCUGCAUCUGUUGUUGAAGAGUUACUUGAGAACGUUAAAUUAAAUAAAGAUUUGUUACUAUCGGAUGAGGGGACAAUGUCACAACAGAUGAGAACAAUUUCAAAGAAUGUUGACAGGUUUUACUGGCCAAAUGACAAAAGUGUUGCUGCACAAAAAGAAAAAUGUGGAUGGUGCUUCUCUUGCAGAACUUUUGCUGAUGAUAUUGAGUGCUUAUUCAACACGUACAUGGGGACAGUCUAUGAAGGAUCUGAAAGUGACUUGGCUAUCCUUCAAUCAGCAGGGAAAAAAGACAGCCACUUCAUAGGGGUUGCUUGUGGAAUGCUCUCCAUAGAAUAUCGGUUGCGUGGGCUUUUGUUGGGUCCAUGGGUAAAUUCACAGUAUAGCAACAAAUGGCGAAUAAGUGUUCUUGAGGCAUCAGAUUUAGCUGCUUUAAAGUCUUUGCUGCUUAAGUUAGCGUCAAAUUUGCACCAACUUGCAAUUUCAGAAGAGUGGACGAAAUAUGAGGAUUCUGCUUUAGUUCUCGGUUCAGCUUCUCAUGUUGUGACAAGUUCUACAUCUGCAUCUUCAAAGCCUGGUCCUGGCAGAAAAAGGGGCAGGUUCUCUGAUCCUGAUUCCAAACCCUCAUCAAGUGCUUCUUCUGGACCGGGAAUGUUCUGUUGGAGAGGUGGUCGGCUGUCUUGUCGCCUAUUCAGUUGGAAGGUUGUCCCUCGAUCUUUAGUUUCCAAGGCUGCCAGAGAAGGUGGGAGCAGGAAGAUCCUGGGCAUUUUAUAUCCUGAGAAUUCUGAUUUUGCAAGGAGGAGUAGAUAUCUUGCAUGGCAGGCUGCUGUUGAGUCGUCAACAAGUAUCUCACAGCUUGCUCUCCAGGUUAGAGAGUUUGACUCAAAUAUUAAGUGGGAUGAUAUUGAAAACACAGACUGUCUUUGCAAGAUGGACAAAGAACUCAGAAAGUCGCUUAGGGCAUUUAAGAAAGUUAUCAUACGCAGGAAAGUUUUAGAGGCUGAUGGAGCAAAAUAUCUUCUCGAUUUUGGCAAGAGAAGAGUCAUCCCAGAAGUUGUGGUGAGACAUGGGUCUGUCAUCAAGGAAGGCUCUAGUGAGCGGAAGAAGUAUUGGCUGAAUGAGGCUCUUCUACCCCUGCAUAUCUUGAAAAGUUAUGAAGAGAAAAGAAUUGCUCGGGUCUCAAAUAAGAGUUCCUUGAAAGCCAGUGAAGCUGGUGAUACAAAGAAGAAGAAGCAUGCAAAGAAGAUGACUUCUCCAAAUCUGCUUGAGGCUGGUGUAAGAAGAAAGAAGUUCUCCAGGGAAACUGGUUUUGAUUAUCUAUUCUUGAGAGCAGAAAGAGCAGAAUACAGUCAGUGCGGGCAUUGUAAGAAAGAUGUUCCGAUAAGGGAAGCUGUUACUUGCCAAUUUUGCAAAGGCUUUUUCCAUAAGUGGCACGCCAAAAAGUCUGGCAGAGCUGUUGCUGCGAACUGCACAUAUGCGUGCUACCUAUGCCAGCAGGACAAUGCUGUGAAGAACACCACUGAAAGGACUGGCGAAGGCCAUGAAGAAGCUGGUCCGUUUAAGGGCAAAGUUGGGAAAGGCAACCAGAAAGCAAAGUUCAUCACAGAUAGAGCAAAAUCACAGCCACAGAAUUACAAAAGGUCCCUUGCGAAGAGCAGGCUUGUGAAAUUACGUGGCAAAAGAGCCAAGAUCGGUAAGAAACUGGGUCAAUCAACAAAGGGUAAAGAAGUUUCAGAGGAGCUUCCUCUCCGUCGUUCAGCUAGGCAGGCAGCCAAGUACGUGGCAGUGCAAAGGAAGAUCCGCAAAGGACGCAAGAAGGGAAAACCGAAAAAGUCCAAAAGAGGAGCCCCCAAGAGAAAGAAGAAUGAAAAAUCAUGCCAAAGGAAGAGAACACAGGCAUGUUAUAGUUACUGGCUCAAUGGUCUCCAUUUAUCCCGAGCCGCGGAUGAUAAAAGGGUAACAAAUUUUAGAAAGAAAAGCAUAUUUUCUCCUUAUGAUCAUUCAACCGCUGCUAGGCGUGAUAAAGUGAAGUGCAGCCUCUGCGGUGAAGGUAGCCGCACCUCAAAGUCUAGUUACAUUGCCUGCGAAAUCUGCGGAGGGUGGUACCAUGGAGACGCAUUCGGGCUCGACCUUGAGAAAAUGCAGCGGGUGAUGGGGUUCAGGUGCCGUGUGUGCCGUGGGAAAAGUCCCCCGGUCUGUCCCUGGCAAUCACAUUUCCCUGGCGUGCAGAACAUUUCUAUAGUCGAGUUGUGUGUGGAUGUUAAUGGGCAGGAGGACGACUCGUCACUUCGAUCAAAAUCAAACUUGGAAGCUGAAGAAGGAUUACCCAUGAGUAAGAAGCAGAGGACUUCUCCAUCUCAGGGCUGAGCAUUGAUCGAAGACGUAGAUAGAUCAUUCAUUGUAUUGAUUACCCAAAGAAAGCAUCAGGGUAUCCCUUCUCUGUCUUCAGUGAUGCGGGAGGGACAGAGCCAAGAUCUCUGACUGUAGCUGUUGCUGACUCUGACGUUGUCGACUCUACUCCUCAGCGUUGCGGGCACUAAGCGGCUUUGAUUAGGACACAGGUAACUGGAAAAUGUAUAGAUGGGAUAAGCUGGGGAGCCUAUUAACAUAGUUGUAUUUGCGGUCGAACUGUGGUGUAGGUUUAGGAUUAAUAUCUGUAAAGUAUCGACAAAUAUGCAGUGGAUGAUAUUUGUGGCAGUUUAGGACGAUUCGUUUUACAUUAGAUGGGAAAAAAAGAGAAUAAUAUUUGUUUGUUGAAGGGGAUUCAUGUUGAGUGGAUAGGAGGUUUGGCCUGUAUGAAGUUGGGUGAUUGAUCGGAUUUUUUUCUGAACCUUCACUUCUGCCUGCCUUUAAAAAGUCUCGAUGCGUGAUGAGCCUUCUCUUA